AUGCCAACCACGCUCCCUGUGACCGUUGCUCUAGAUAGAAGAACGACAACCUCUAUUAGCGCGCAGGAGGCGUGUAUUGAGAUCCACAGCGACCGCGCACGGCAGAAGAAGAACGACAUUGUGGCGGAUAAUAUUGAACUUGGAGAAUCGCGGGUAUCCUCAACCCCGGAGCCGGGUCGUUACUCCCAGGAUUCAGACGACGACAUGGUUGUCAACCGCCCCCCAAUGCACCGUCCAACGGAUGGCCGAUCGCAGCAACCGUUACUCAAAGACGACCACCAUGGCCGCCUCUCGCAAUCUAGCCUUGGAAACGGGGAUGCAGAGGGCCGACCCAUGUUGCACCACACCCGCCGGCCUACCAUCCAGAGUAAAAGCCCUGAACACGACGCUGCCCAAGCAACUCGAAAGAAGUACAUGAUCGCCGCGGGCUUCCUUUUGCUGAGUCUGGCCAGUUUCGUCGUCCAGACGGAGACUGCUGUAUAUAUCCAGCACGAGCUGCAUUGGGAUAAGCCGUACUGCAUGCUCUAUGUCACUCACGGCUCUUGGGCGUUGCUCUGGCCGGUCCAGCUCCUCAUCCUUCGAAUUCAAAAAAGGAAGCUAUCAUGGGAAGCCUUUUGGCGCCGACACGUCUUUCUUAUCAAGACCACUGCCCAGAUGGUGGAAACCCAAGACGUUCAUCUCACCUCUCGCACUUACCACCGUUCGCCUAUCCCGUACAUGCUGAAGACCACCGCCUUCGUGACCACCGCCCUUACAAUCGCUGGUGGUUCAUGGUACGUCGCCGUCAACCUGACCACGGCCAGUGACUUGACAGCCAUCUACAACUGCUCCGCCUUCUUUGCCUACGCCUUCUCGAUCCCUCUUCUUAAAGAGAAACUGCGAUUUGACAAGGUCUUUGCUGUAGGAGUUGCCAUCAUCGGUGUGUUGGUAGUUGCAUAUGGCGACCGGCCAGAGAAGAAAGUCUCGAAAGGAGGCACAACCAAGGAUGACCAAGAAGCGCAAAACCGGCUUUUGGGCAACAUUGUCAUCGGCGUCGGUAGCAUCCUCUACGGACUUUACGAAGUGCUGUAUAAGCGCUUUGCCUGUCCUCCAGAGGGCACCAGCCCGGGUCGGGGUACCAUCUUUGCCAACAGCUUCGGCAGUAUGAUCGGCUGUUUCACCCUUCUGGUGCUGUGGAUUCCUCUUCCAUUCCUGCACUUCCUCGGCUGGGAAACCUUCCGCUUCCCCACUGGUGAGGCGGGCUGGAUGCUCCUCGUCUCCAUUUGCGCCAAUGCCACAUUCUCCGGGUCAUUCUUGGUGCUCAUCUCCCUCACCUCACCCGUCCUUUCAUCCGUCGCGGCGUUACUUACUAUUUUCCUCGUCGCUAUCGUGGACUGGUUCCGCACAGGACAGCCGCUUUCUUGGGCAGCGAUUAUUGGCGGUAUUCUGAUCAUGGUUGCAUUCUUCCUUUUGAGUUGGAGUACAUACAGAGAGCUUAGCGAGGAGCGGAGGAAGCACCUCGAGAACGAUCAGGUCGAAUCGGACAGUGAUGAAUAG